UUUUGGCGCCUGCGCACCGAGGACCAUCUUCUGUAUUGAUCUGGCGUGCGGGAUUCCCUCUCGGACUGAUAAUUCUGUGGAUUUUUUUUUUCCUAGGAGACCGCGGAAAGGGAGAGAGAGCGAAAGGAGGCCAGGGGAGGAGGAGGCGGGGGGAGCUCCUUUCCCGGUGUCGCGCCAUGACGGCGAACGAGGACCAGGAGAUGGAGUUAGAAGCAUUACGUUCUAUUUAUGAAGGUGAUGAAUGUUUUAGGGAACUUAGUCCCAUUUCAUUUCAAUAUAGGAUAGGUGAAAGUGGAGACCCCAAAGCCUUUCUUAUAGAAAUAUCAUGGCCAGAAACAUACCCACAAACUGCUCCAGUCAUAUCAAUGGAUGCAUUCUUCAACAAUGCCAUAUCUUCAGCCAUAAAACAAAAUAUAUUGGAUAAAUUAAUGGAAGAAGUUGAAGUUAACCUGGGAACCUCAAUGACAUACACAAUAUUUGAAUAUGCUAAAGAUAAUAAAGAGAUUUUCAUGGAAAAUCAACCAGUUAAUACUGUGACAGCAUUAAAUAACUGCAUCUCAACUGGACAUUCUGAUGCAGCACCACCAACUAAGAAAAAGGAGAAAAAGGAACAAUUGUCCAAAACGCAAAAGCGGAAGUUAGCUGACAAAACUGAUCACAAAGGAGAACUUCCUCGAGGAUGGAAUUGGGUUGACGUAAUCAAGGUAGGAGUGUUGAAAAUUAACAAUAUUGAAAUGUUAACUUUGGGGGAGAUUUUAGCAGUAUCUAAUAUUUUUUUCUUUUUUCUUUUUUUAACCAUUUUGGAUAUGAAUGAUAAUGGGAUUUUCCUCGUGUUUUUAUAAAGCAUCUGAGCAAAACGGGCUCCAAGGAUGAUGAAUAGGAGGACUUUGAUAUAGGAAAACCUUAGCUGAAUCCACAUUGUAAUAACAUUGAUUUUUUUUCACAAGUUUUAUAAAAAAACAGUUCCACACAUGUUUAAAUGUGUUAAAAUGUACCCAUCAAGAGCAACAUUUUUCUGGCUUUAUGAUUUUCGUCCGAUCACAUGUUUUCCUUUAGAGGAAAUAUGUCAAAGGCAGUGUUGAUGUACUUUGUCAUGACACUUACUGUAACAAUAUGUAAUUUUAACAUAUAUUGUUAUUCAUUGUACUAAAUCAUAAAAAUCUUUGGUGGUAAAUGAAAUCUACAUAGCUAACGUUAGAACACUUUAAAUGCUCUAAAAAUUCUAGACCUAUUAAUCUUUAUAUUUGUAUUUGAAUCCCAUGGUUGAUUCUUAUAUAUUUACUUCAGUAUCAUUUCAGAUACUAUUCAAAGCAUUCAGCCUUCAUUGAAAGGCUGAAAUUUUUUUAUUGUAGCUGAUGUUAUGAAAAAUGUGCACCAGCUUAAAUAACAUUUAAAAAAAGAAUGUAUAGCCCAAUUCAAAUGGGCAUCCCUUUUGUGCAUAACCUAUUCAUUAUAUAUAUUCUUCAGUGUGAAAUAUAAAACAAAACAAGGCCAUUAGUUACAAAAAAACAAUAUGUAGCAACAGUGAUUUCUAUUUUCAUGACAAUUUUGCUACUACUACAUUGCAUACUAUUGAUGUUCCAACACUGGUGUGUUCAUUCCAUGGCAAUUAGCCCAUACCAAAGAAUGACUCCCCAUUUAAUCAAAAAAUGUAUAUCUGGUGUUCUCUAGAUAAUACCUGUCAGUAAAAAGAGAAAUAAUAUUCCUUUGGCAUAACUGCUAAUAUAUGAAGAAAGUAAACAGUUACAAAAGUGGAGCCUACAGAUAGGAAAGAAGAAAUUAUUUGAACUCAUAAGACAGAAAUACUGACCCAUUUUUCUGCCCAUUGCUGAACUUCCACAGCCAGUUUUCCUUAUCACUGGACACGCUGUUCUUGGCUGUUGGGAAUUAGUAACAUCUAGAGGUCUUACAUUCUCCCUAUGAAAUAAACUCCAUUAUAAACAAUUGAAUUUAUUUCUGUGUAGGAUUACACUAUAUGAAGAAUUUCAAACAAUGAUAUGAUAAAAUAAUUACUGGCAUUGCUAUUGAAAAUGCCAUUUCUUGUAAUUACAUUUGUUUUUGCAAAAAAUAAUAGGAUACUGGCUUCAGGUGCUGCCCCACUUCAUUUCAGUUUCAAUUUCUUACUUGGAAAAAUAGAUAUUGUCAUUAGUUUUCAGCCAGAGUAAUAGCUAAGACGAUACUUCGAUGGAUCAGAUAUCUUGUAUUUGAGGCUUCUCUUUUAUUAAGUUAGUAGUGUAAAGAAUAAGAUGCCUCAAUACAAUUUUUUUAAUUGUUGGGAGGGAUUAAAUAAAUUUCUAUUUAUGUUUGUUGUGUUUUUAUUUAUGUUUGGGCUCUUUCUACAGACAUUGGGCAUGUGUAUUAAAAAUAGUCUAAAUGAAAUGUUCAGUUUUUGUUAAAAUAAAUGGAAUUGAAAUACGUAAGUUUGAUUUGGCAGAAUUAUGUAUCUAAACCAUGUUAAAUAUUGCUACCAAAUAAAAUAUGGUAAUUACUUUGAAAACAUCUCAAUAUCAAAAAGAUUAUUGAUAUACUAAUAAGUGAACAUGUCUAAAAAGUCUGAAAGAAGUAAAAUUGAAAGAUUUCUUGGUGAAGGAAGAACAGAGGGAAGUGUGUAAGAAUUCACACAAAACAAUAUACUACUAUAGCUACUAUAUUUAUUUAAAAAUAAAGGUUUUAAAGCAAGAAAGGAAGAUUUUAAAUGUAGGAGAGCUUGUUCCAGACAUUGGGUGUUAGAAAAUAGUAAUGGAAAAAUAGAAAAACAGCAAAAAUAUGGCCCAAUAUGAAAUACAGCAAGUGAGGGAACAUAACGCAAGGAUGACCUGGUUCCAAGAGAGACCUAAGUUAGCCUGUGUUUGAAGCAAGACAAACAAAGUGGCAGGAAAGAGGGAUGAUGUGUGCAAGGAAAUGCAAACAUACCACUCUUUGUAGGAACACAGAUGCUGUGCUAACAUCAGGCCUACGAAACAUCAAGGCAAAGAAUUUCAGGUUUGGUAUUUUUCCAUAGGGAGUUAAGGUAUUUCAGAAACAGCUUUUUGUACAGUUUUAAACUACUAAAUAUUUAUGACAUAAGGUUUUUUUUUUAGGGAAAAGCUAAUGUAUCCGUGGUUCCACAAAAGUUUAAUUUAGUGGGGAAACUAAUUAUUUACAAUUUUGUUUAUGUCAAUUUGGCAAAGAAGAGCUACACAAAUUUUGGCAGAUUAUUUGUAUAAAAAUGUGAUUUAUAUGAAAUGAAUUAAUCGUAGA